GAAGUUUUGAAAAAAACUAUAGAUACUAGCUCAAGAAUUUAAUAAUAAUGUCUUUUGAACUUGAACGUAUUGAUAUAGAGAAGGAUCGGGAGUUUUCAGAGAUUAUGCAUGGGAAAGAUGCAGCAAAAGAACGGGGAUUGCUUUCAUCUUUUAGGAAGGAUAAAGAAGCACAAAAGAUAGCGCUAGAUUCGUAUUUUGGAUUUUGGGGUGAUAAAUGUACCUCAGAGAAGAAUGAUAUUCAUCAACAAGAGCGUUUUAAGUUUUAUGCUACUCUUACUCGUCAUUAUUAUAAUCUUGUUACUGAUUUUUAUGAAUAUGGAUGGUCAACAUCAUUUCAUUUUUGCCGUUUUGCAAAAGACGAAUCAUUUAGCCAGGCAAUUGCUCGUCAUGAGCACUAUAUUGCGUUACAUGCUGGAAUACGUGAAGGCGAAACGGUAUUGGAUGUUGGAUGUGGGGUAGGUGGACCUGCAUGUCAGAUUUCUGUUUUUACGGGUGCAAAUAUUGUGGGAUUAAAUAAUAAUGAUUAUCAAAUUCAGCGAGCUAAAUAUUAUUCAGAAAAAAAGGGAUUAUCAGAUAAAUUAAAGUUUAUCAAGGGUGAUUUUAUGCAAAUGCCUUUUCCAGAAAAUUCAUUUGAUAAAAUAUACUCUAUUGAAGCAACAAUUCAUGCACCUUCUUUAGAGGGUGUUUAUUCAGAAAUUUAUCGAGUCCUUAAGCCAGGAGGUCUUUAUGCUUCAUAUGAAUGGGUUAUGCUUAACAAAUAUGAUGAAAAUGACCCUGAACAUCAACAAAUUGUAUAUGGGAUUGAGAUUGGUGAUUCUAUCCCUAAAAUUUCUAAAAUUGGAGAAGCAGAAGCAGCCUUAAUUAAAGUAGGAUUUGAAAUUAUUCAUUCUGAGGAGCUUUCUACAAAAAAUAGCCCACUCCCAUGGUAUUAUUAUCUCGAUGGUGAUUUGAGAAAAGUUAGAUCGUUCAGAGAUUUUAUUUCGAUUGCUCGUAUGACAACAAUUGGGAAAUGGCUUAUUAGUUCUUUUAUAGGACUUAUGGAAUUCAUUGGUCUUCUUCCAAAAGGUAGUAAAAAAGUUAAUGACAUUUUGUUGGUUGCCGCGGAUUCCCUUGUAAAGGCUGGAAAAAAGGAAAUAUUUACUCCUAUGCAAUUAUGGGUUUGUAGAAAACCUUUGGUUUAAUAUUUUUUAUACUUUUAAUAAUUAUAUUAUUCAAUAAUUAUUGAAA